CUGGCGGACGGUUAAGAGAGGCGACGAUGUCGAACGACAGCGUUCACUGGGAGGCGAGAUACGGGCCGGCUGGGCCGCCGCGGAUGCUCGGAUGGAACGUACCAGCCGAGGAGAUCAUUCACAUACCGGAACACUGGCUGGUCUAUCCGGAGCCGAAUCCCUCCCUUCACUAUUUACUGGCCCUCCUCUACGUCCUUUUCACUUUUCUCGCCUUACUCGGGAACGGAUUGGUGAUAUGGAUCUUUUGCGCCGCCAAGUCGUUAAGGACACCGUCGAACAUGUUCGUCGUGAACCUCGCGAUAUGCGAUUUCUUCAUGAUGAUCAAGACCCCGAUCUUCAUAUACAACUCGUUCAACACCGGUUUCGCGUUGGGUCAUUUGGGAUGCCAGAUAUUCGGCUUCAUCGGUUCCCUGACCGGCAUCGGGGCCGCCAUCACGAACGCGGCGAUAGCUUACGAUAGAUAUAGCACCAUAGCAAGGCCUCUUGAUGGUAAACUGUCACGUGGUCAAGUGAUGCUGUUUAUCGUGCUGAUUUGGACCUACACAAUACCGUGGGGUCUGAUGCCGGUGAUGGGUGUCUGGGGUCGUUUCGUACCGGAAGGUUUUCUAACCAGUUGUACCUUCGACUAUCUGACCGACACUAGCGAGAUACGGAUCUUCGUCGCCACCAUAUUCACGUUCUCUUACGCGAUCCCGAUGUUGCUUAUAAUUUACUACUACAGCCAGAUCGUCAGCCAUGUCGUGAACCACGAAAAAGCGUUACGGGAACAGGCGAAGAAGAUGAACGUCGACAGUUUGCGAAGUAACGCUGGCACGAACACCCAGAGCGCGGAGAUUCGUAUAGCAAAGGCUGCCAUCACCAUCUGCUUCCUGUUCAUUCUCUCGUGGACCCCGUACGGCGUAAUGGCGAUGAUUGGCGCGUUUGGCAAUAAAGCUCUGCUGACACCCGGAGUCACAAUGAUUCCAGCGUGUACGUGCAAAGCUGUUGCUUGCUUGGACCCGUACGUGUAUGCUAUCAGCCAUCCAAGAUACAGGUUGGAGCUGCAGAAACGAUUACCGUGGCUCGAGCUGCAAGAGAAGCCGGUGUCCGACUCGCAGAGCACCACGACUGAAACCGUGAACACACCGCCGGCCUCCAGCUAGACCUCGACCGAAGCACGUUUGUUUCUGGUAAACAAACGUUUGGGGGACGUGAAACUACAUUUGGCACUCAGGCGACGCUAUGUUUUCACUUUGUUCAAAAUACGCGAUCCUUGUAUAGCGAAAGCAACUGCAAUAAAGCAACUUC